AGAUGUUCCUUACAGAAAUGGAAGAAUAGAGAGGCUUAAAUGCUGUUCCUGCAGCUUUUGAUCAAGGAUACUAAAGAUUGUUCAAACGGGAAAGCUUUUGUUUUCUUUUUGAGAUCACAUGACGCUGAUUGGCCGAGGCAACAUUUUUCCAACCAGCUUUUUCACAGCUACGCCACUACAGAUGCUCUGGGUCGGCGAGUCCACUUGAUGUCUGCACCCUCAGGGGGUGGGAGGGUCUGCAAAGUCCAACAGUCCGUGACCUCAGCUCAAACCUCCAACUAUCCCACACGUCAUCUCUUAUAUGGAGGGUGUAGCGAUGGACAACCUGAUAGACUUUGACCUCCCCUCAGAAGUCUCAACGCUGAGCGUAGACGGAGGCCAACAACAAGGCCACACAGACAUUUUCUCCCCAGAGCCCAGGUCCUCAGUGGGUGUUCACCAGCAGCCCUUACUACCAGAGCCCAUGGCACCCACCAAGUCUGGCUCUCACCACCAUCACCACCACAAUCAAGAGGAUGGGGACAACGACAGCGAUGCUACAGAGUCUGCAGACAGCGAGAAUGACAUGGACCCCCCCUCCGAAACGUGGGAGCUGAGGAGGUCGUCAUCCUCGUCGGCACACAGUGGAGAGGACGCUGACGCCGACACAGUGGAGAGGAGGAAGUUCAUGAAGGCUUAUGUGGAGAAGGUAUUUCAUGGAAAGGAGGACUUUGACCAGGAAGAGCAGGCUCGGUUUGGAGAGCUGUGUAGCGGAGAGAACGGCAAAGGUCGGGAGUGGUUCGCCAAAUACGUCAGUGCACAGCGCUGCCACUCCAAAUGUGUGAGUGAAGCCACCUUCUACAGACUGGUGCAGUCGUUUGCAGUGGUGCUGUUUGAAUGUCACCAGAUGGACGACUACACCCCGGCCAAAAACCUCAUGACCAUGUGCUUCACAUACUACUAUCUCGGAAAGUCUCAGCCGUCUCCCUCUGAGCUGCUGGAUCGUGGUCCUCCAGUGAGUCUGGAUUCAUAUCUCAACAAAGCAAACUCCUGGCUGUCUGGGAAGAAAGAUGCUGCAGAGCGCCUCCUUAAAAACACGUCAAAGUCUGACGUCAAAGGCUUCUUUGGAGGUCUGGAGAGCAAACUGAGGAGCUCAGUGGCUCCCAAGACUGAGGAUGGUGAAAGAACAGGACAGACAAAGCCCACAUCACCAGCAUCUGAUGCUCCAGAGGAAAAGAAAAAUGAAAAGGUGUACCUGUACACUCACCUGAAGCAGCAGCCCAUAUGGCAUACGUUACGGUUUUGGAACGCUGCGUUUUUUGAUGCUGUCCACUGUGAGAGGACAAAAAGAUCUCCGACCACGAGGGGAACGCAGGACCAAGAGAAGUCUGAGAGGGAGAGGUGGUGUCAUAUGACCCAAGAGGAGAGGGACGACAGCUCCAAAAUCGAUGAGAACAUUGCCUUCGGCCAACUGGGGACAUUCACCCACAACAUGCUGGCGUUUGGACUCAGUAAGAAACUCUGCAAUGACUUCCUGAAGAAGCAGGCAGUCAUUGGCAACCUGAAUGAAGAACAGUACAAGUUGCUGAUCGACCAUAUCGAGAAAAUGGCAGCUGAGUGAGUCUGAUGAGGACAGACUGCAAAAGACUGACUGCAAACACACAAACGCAUGUUAGCGGUUUGUUUCAGCUCAACAUCACCAUAACUAACCGUCCGUCUCACUGUUGUUGCAUUUUAACUGAAAAUUAACUUCCAUGCAGAACUGGACUCUGUCAUAUUGUAGCAAAUCCAGCCUGGUAGUGCUCAUCUGCACCCCGUCCUGUUUUAGCAAUAAUACGUCUUUAGCAGGCUUUAGUUUCUCCCAGUAACUCCUGUGUUUGUGUGAGCAGCUUUACUAAGACAAAGAAGCAUAAAGGGAAGGAUCCAGUUUAAAUCUAAACAGCCUCAGUGUGGAGUCAGGCUCUCUGGAUGUGUGUACAUCAUAUAUCCUGUGUGUUGUUUUGCUCUCUUUGUGGUGGUUAUAUUUAUUACAAGUAACACAACUAACCGCUUCUAUUUAAACAGCGUACCGAGUAUCUGUUGUCCUGCCUUGUUACAUUUUUUCUUACAUGUGUACCAGUGUAUACAGUUCGAUAUUAAAUGGCAAUAAUAACUCUUAAUGUUAAAAUGUGCUCUAAUAUCAGCUGAUGUCUGGUCAGUUUUAAUCACUAUGACAGCUUAUUUCCUCUCUGUCUUCUCUGUAGUUGUGUAGUGUCUUGUGUGGCCAUAAAAUCAUAAAUAGGAGUAUUAAACAUGUAAAUUCAUCUGUUAAAUCUGAUUUGACAUUUCCCUUAUCGUCUUUUUAAAGAAAAUGUUAGAUAUCUUGAGAAGUCAAAUUAUAUCUCUUAAUAAAUAUUAGUUUCAUGCAGAGAGUCAGAGAGAAAGGAUACACCCUGCUCAUGUCUGUGCUUAAUAUGAAGCUACAGCAAGAAAACAAUUAGCUUAACUUAGCAUUAUGCCUGAAAAGAGAGAAGGGACUGCAAACCUGGCUCAGUUUAAAGCCCCUCAUUGACAUGAGAAGAGGAGAGCAGGGUGAGAGGUUAGAGAGGGGACUGUUUCCAAACCUCAGCUUAAUUCUUUAAGGAAAGCCACAUAUCAGAUUUUCAAACCCUUAAAGAUGUGUGCCUCUUUUUGCUUGACUAACCCAGGGAACAUCUCUUGAGCAGAAUCUUCUCCACCAAGUAAAACUGUAUAUCUAUUUUGCAAUAAAAUGGUUAAAUAUUUGGCCUAUUAUUAUUAUUAUUAUUAUAAUUAUUAUUAUUAUUGUUGUUGUUGUUGUUGUUGUUGUUGUUGUCAAUAUAUUGUAACAUGUUAGGUCACUUAAGAGGCUCUUGAGCAGACCUUUUGUUUAUUCCUGUCUUGAUGCUAAGCUAACCUAAUUGUAUGCUAUGGAUAGUUUGAUAUUAACCUUGUUUAACUGUGGGGGAGAAAAAAUAAAGACUCAGAGCAGCAAAGUCUUCCAAAAAAUGUGAAAGCUGAUUUAAGUCGUUCUGUGGAACAUAUCGGAUAUACACUGAUAUUACAUUUCUUUUUUUUAUAUAAAAACUUUCUUAUACCCUUGGGAACAUUACCAAUCCAAAGUGCCUUCCAUAAAAGUAACUGUCCCUGUCUUGAUCCCCUGAUGCCCACCCUCACAGCUCAACCAAACACUUGAGCAGGGUUUGCAAACAUGGUAUUUCUUCCUCAGUCAAUAACGGAAAAAACACCCCCGCAUGCUUCUGGAAGUCUUUCUAUCUAUGCUCUCAGUGUUGAGUCUAAGUGAUAGUCCUUUAAUUCCUGCUCCUUGUGUGUCCAUCUGUCUUUCUACCCUGCAUGUGUAUCCCACAUUAAGAAAAUGUCAAAUGAAUGACUGAACUUUGAAGUGACAGAUGUAUUACUUCCUCCUACCACUGCGGGGCAGCAUUGUAGCUUCAUUUAAAGGCAUGUCUCACUGACAGAUUCCUUAAUUCAUUUUAGUAACAUGAAAAAAAUAUGGUUCUGUGAUUUUAAAUAUGUUUAUUUCCAUGUGAAUACCGGGGUGAUGCACUUUCUGGCAGGUUGAAUCUUCUUUUAGAUUGUUAAUCUGUUUUGUCUCUAAUGAAGCCAUGUUGUAAAUAGUGUACAUGUUUCUUUGUGUUGUAAGAAUUUAUAUUGUGCUGUUAUUGUGAGUUUUUGAACUUAGAUCGUAAAUGUACAAAAAUAGCUGUAAUAGAGCAUUAUAGCUGUUCAUAUUAGGAACAUAAAUGUGCAAAUGUAAGACCCUGAAGUGCUCCUGAACAUUUAGCCUCUGUUUGAUGUGGCGUUCAAAGUAUGUACAUAGUGUUGUGACAUUUUAGCCAUUUAAAUGUACAGUAAUUGAUUUUAUGAUUCCUAUAGAAAGCCAUGCAAACCUCUGUAUCCUUCAAACUGUUUCUAAUGACUCUUAUUUACCCAAGUGUCUUUCUGCAUGUGGUCAAAGUCCAUUUCUUCAUGUAUGAAUUGUAUUCUUCGACUUCUUAAACCAUCGUGCUCCCCCGAUGAGGUACCAACUAUACUGUAUUGUACUGAUUUGCUCAGCAUGAGCCAUUUGCACUACAUUUAGUCCAUAAUACUCUCUUUACACAUGUUCAUGUGACUAAAGUAACUGAUAGCUUUUAUAUUUGUUCACUGCAUGCUGUCUCUACAUUGGGCAUAUCUGUUGUGAACUGUUGACCAAAGUUUGUCUUUUAUUGCCUGGAUGUAAACUUCUUUUCAGCCAUUCUGACUUUGUGUAAAGUAUCAUCAAAGUGGAGUAUAUCAUUAAAGUACUGCAUUACA